UAAUAUCGUCGUACAGAAUCUAAAACACAAAAUAUCUGGAGAGAGAGAUCAUGGGAAAUACAGAGCAAUUAGCUGAGCUGAUAUCAUCGCUGGAGAAAGCAACUCUCAUGGCGCAGCAAAUCGGAACCGCCAUGGAACAAAACCAGCUCCUCCAAAUCUCCUCCUCUCUCCGCAUAGCCAACCACCGCCUCUCCGCUUUCCUAUCCACCAUUCCAUCGGCGGAAGCGGAGAAUAGUCUCUCCUCCGUCGAGCCGAUGCAAUUAGGGGAGGAAGAAGAGAACGGCGAGGCUGAGGAGAGAGAUUCGGCGGUGGAGAAGGUUGAGGAGAAGAUGAGAGAGUGUUUCAUCAGGAACAAGAGAGCCAAACGGCCACUGUCACCGUCGUCGGCCGUGGUGGAGACUUCGACGACGGAAGCGAGGAGUGGCCAUGAGUACGGGUUUGAUUUCGACCCACAUGCCUCCAAGUUGAGAGCUUUGGAUCUUAUCUACCAAUUUCAUGGAUGAUGAUGAUCUCACUGUAAAUUGUAGACUUAAUUCUCCGGUGAAGGUUAAAUUUUUCUGAUUGUAAAAAGACAUUUGUC